AUGGCGAGCGCAACAGGUCUCCCCGAGCGGCCACCAGCACGCGAAUCCAUCGUCGCGGCUGAGACGGAACCGCUGCUUGGAAAGCCCGGGGAUGCAGUCUUGCCCACGGGAGCGAGCAUCAUGAGGGCCUUUGUGAUUGGAACCGGCACCCUCGCCCAGCUCGGCGUCGCCAUCAUCUGCGCCGACAUCUGGGCACACAUGUUCUUCAGCCCCAUCAUCUUCUUCUCCGGCCACCCCAUUGCCAUGUCGGCCGCCGUCUUCACGCUCACGCAGUCCGUCCUCGUCCAGCAGCCCAUCUCCAGCGACACGCCUCACCAGAAGCGCGUGGGCCAGUACGUCCAUGCGGCGCUCAAUCUGUUCGCCUUUGCGGCAAUCGUCACCGGCUUUGCGAUAAUUGAGAUCAACAAAUUCCGUAGCAACGGCCCGCACUUUCACUCUGCACACGCCUACCUAGGCGUGUUUACGCUCGUCGUCCUCGCGGGGCAGUACGUCGUCGGCCUCACCAUGUGGGCUACGCCGCGGCUGUACGGGGGCGAGGAGAGGGCCAAGUCGCUAUACAAGUACCACCGGUACGUCGGGUACUUGAUCCUGCUGACGCUUUUGGCGACGGUCGUGGCUGCCACCGAGACAGACUAUGUGCGCUCGGUGUUGGGCGUUAACUUUUGGACGGUCCUUGCGGGCAGCGUCCUUGUUGUCAUGGGCGUGUUUCCCAGGAUUCAGAAGCAAAAGUUGGGACUUGGUCCGAGACAAGAGGAGCGCCCUGUCCAUGACUUUGAGAGUGCUACUUCUUAA